UAUUCUCUUCCCGAUCGAGUCAUCUCACCUUCUCCCAUGCUCGCCAGCACUCCACACCCUGAUCAAAUUCCCGAAUCGCCUCAGGGAUUACCACCUGCUUUGGAAACAUCUAUACUCGGUGAUACUACAAACAUGUUGCAAAGGACCGAUGAUUCUCCACAAGGCACGGAAGAAAAUUACAAUGAUGAUCGUUCCGCCGGAAUAAGAAGAAGUAUGGAAGCGGUCCGAGAACCUGCCAAAGAUCCAAGAGGUAGGCCUAUGCCGCAUAUUGGUAGGCGUCCAGAUGUGAUUGAAUCUAGCAGUGUUCAGCCUCAGCAAACUGAGCAGACUCCCUAUGUUCCGAGUGGAAUCUCUCGAGGACUUAGAAACAAUGGUACGAGAUAUAACGACGUAGAGAGAAAGUUAAUAGGACAGCUUCGAGAUGUGAUUGCUCAUCUUGAUCUUGCUGACAUCAAGCAGCAAAUGAGAGCUAAGGAGCUUGAGGAUGCAUAUCUACGAUUCCAACAGGAUGUGCGGGAAUUUGAAGCAGAAAAAGAAGCUGAAAAGGAGAGAGUUCAACGCAUCCGACGGCAGUUGGAACGAGAGAGAAAAAUCGCCUCUAAAGACGGUGCUGAAAAGGAAAAGGCGAUUGCUGAGCAGGUCGAAGACUUGACAAAAACCAUUGCUCAAAAGGAUCGCCAGCUUUCUACCUUACGUGUGCGCUUAAGAAAAGCAGAGGAGCAAGUAGAAGCGAAAGAUAAAGAGCUGGAAGAAAGCAAUCAGAAGAUGGUACGCUUGGAGAAAACUUGCAAGAUUCUUCAGCGCCAAAUGGCACAAUUACGCGGCAAUUAUGCAAAACAAUCGCAAGAGCUGGCUGCCGAAAUACAGGCUUCCCGUACUCGGAACGUGCGACGGACAGGAUCCAUCGGGCUGUUACCAUCGUUGAGAAGAGAUGCGCGAAAGGAAGUAGUCACCACCGAAGAUGCUGAGACUGACACUGGACAUCAAAGAGCUUUGCCUGAUCGCUCAAAAUCUGUCAGCUGGGCUGACAAACCAGUUGAAGAUUUUGCCCGAUCAAGAGCUGCUACUAGGAGAGGUGCUCAUGAAAUGGAGCUUUUGGAGGAAGGUACAGCUUUGUUUGGUCCCUGCCGCUUAUUCAAAAAUGGCUUAGGAGAUUGGACAAAGGUGACAACUACUGAAUGCGGUUGUGACCUCUAUGAAUACAGUAAUACAGAUGUACGAUGGAUCAGUUGUGAUCGCAGCAUUGAGAUUUAUUACUAUGGUAUCGCUGGAGUAACUAUCAUAUCUCUGGCAAAUGGUCGAAAUAUUCGUUAUUUCAACGAUGGACAGGUUGGACAGUUGUGGUCUUGCGUACUUUCGCGAUAA